GCACCCCACUGCGGAGUCAUGAGAGAACGUCUGCAGAGCACGUGACUCGUUGUUCUGGUGAAAAUCUAGACAGGGUGAACAGAACCAGAGGCAGGACUGUCCUCUGUGGUUCUCUGUUAAUGACACCUCAUCAGACAGUGUCCCCCCAGCCGGACUUACAGAGACCUGUUUGACAGGUGAUCAGUAACCAGACUAACCUACCCUGAUCAGAUUGUUCCUCAUCCUGGGUGGGGCUGAAGGACCCAGAAGAAUCCAGCAUUCUGAUUCUCACGGUUCCUCCAGCAGCUUCCAGGUGCCACAGUUAGAGGUCAGCGUCAUCCAGCAGAUACCAGAGAGCAACGCGAUGUACCUGCUGCUCAACCAAGGAAGCAGAACCCUGAUUAAGAACCUGUCAGAGAAAAGAAGAAGAAAAGAGCUGUCUGCUUCUGUCUGGAAAGAAGAAAACCAAAGAAGAAGAAGAAGCAUGAAGAACAAAGUCAGCAGUAGUCAAGUGAGUGUGAAGAGGCGGUCCUGGUCCUGGCAGCAGUACCUGAACGAGCAGAAAGCUGAGGCAUCUCCGCCCACUCUCUUUACACAGGAACAGUCCUUUCCCAGUAAGAGAACUGGUUUUAAAGUGGGGAUGAAGCUGGAAGGCAUCGACCCGCUGCAUCCGUCCAUGUUCUGUGUGCUGACAGUCGCUGAGGUGAUUGGCUGUCGGCUGCGUCUCCAUAUCGAUGGUUACUCAGAGUGCUAUGACUUCUGGGUAAAUGCUGAUUCUGCAGACAUCAAACCUGCCGGCUGGUGUAAAGAGCACAACCACAAGCUUCACCCACCUAAAGGUCAGAGUGAGACAGAGUUUGAUUGGCAGGACCAUCUUCAGUCCUCAGGGUAUCACGCUGCUCCACCCACUCUGUUUACCUGCCGCUCCACGGAUUGUGAGUUCCAGGUGGGGAUGAAGUUGGAGGCGGUGGACAAGAAGAACCCCGGACUUGUUUGUGUGGCUUCAGUCGCUGAUGUCAUUGAUAAUCGCUUCCUGGUUCACUUUGACAACUGGGACGACACGUACGACUACUGGUGUGACAGCAGCAGUCCGUACAUCCAUCCUGUGGGCUGGUGUGAAGAACAGGGCCGACCUCUGACCGCCCCGCAGGGUCAUCCCAGCCCUGAGAACUUUGUGUGGGAGGACUACCUGCAGGAAACAGGUUCCAGUGCUGCUCCCAGUCUAGCAUUCACACUGAGAGCUCCACAUGGUUUCCAGUUGAACCAUAGGCUGGAGGCAGUCGACAGGAGAAACCCCAUGUUAAUCCGUGUCGCCACGGUAACAGACACUGAAGACUACAGGGUGAAGAUCCAUUAUGACGGCUGGUCUACACAGUUUGACGUUUGGCUGGACAGCGACCACCGCGACCUGCAUCCUGUCGGCUGGUGUCAACGCACAGGACACCCACUGGAGCCGCCCCCAGGUUCCUCUCCUCUGUCAUCACCUUCUCAGGGAGUGUGUCCCACUGCCGGCUGUCGAGGAGUUGGACACAUCAAAGGAGCCAAGUACACUGGACACCACAGUGCCUUUGGCUGUCCAUAUUCGGACAUUAACAUGCGGAAGGAGGUGGUGCUUCCUGAUAGGUUAGGAGGGGAGAGUUCUGUAAACCUUGUGCCUGUGUCCAUGUAUCAGCAGAGCCACCAGCCCCACAGGAGAGGAGUUGAAGUGAAGCCGGAGUCAGGAGAUGCCCCGCUCCUGCUUCCUCUGGGGAAGCGAAAAAGACUGACAGACAGAUUGCCUCAGCCAACCAAAUUCCUGCGUGUGAAACAAGAAGAGGAGGAGCUUCCCCUCAGAACCAUGAGUCCAGUUUCUCCUGCAGCAGAGUCCAGUCUGCAGGCAGCUCUUCACCAGUCGGUCUUCCUGUCUGCUAUGUCGGCUCAGCCCGGACGCGACCUGUCGCUCUGCUGGGAGCAGCACCGCAAACUACUGCCGGGCGUAGCCAGGAUCCAUGCAGACGCUGUCCAAUGCUGGAGCGUCCAGCAGGUGUCCGAUUUCAUCGAGUCUCUUCCUGGAUGUGAAGAACAAGCCCAGCAGUUUAGAGAGGAGCAAAUAGAUGGACGAGCCUUUCUGCUGCUCACCCAGCGGGACAUCGUCAGGAUCAUGUCAAUCAAGCUUGGCCCUGCCCUGAAGAUCUACAACUCCAUCCUAAUGUUUAAACACACAGAGGACACGAGCCAAUCACAGAACGAGGAGAAGAACCAAUCAGACAUUCAGGAUUCUAGCACCUGACACCUGCACCUUGCAGCUGACCAGAUUGAGUCACCUGAUGAUAACCCCACCCCUUAUUAUCCAGCCCCUCCCUCUCAGCCACAUAUUUAUCAUCAGUGAGAUUUAGGUUUCUGAUGUCACACUGAGCUCAGGUGUCUUCAGGUGCUGCUGUCACUUUAUGUCCUAACACCUGACCUCCAUUUUGGGCACUGCCUCUUGGGUAAGGGUUGGGGCUUAGCCUGAUGAGUACAGUGUGAAAGGGAUUCUGGGAUAUGUUGACUGCGAUGAGAUUCAGACUAAACAGAUCCAGCUGGACGUAGGCUGGGCCUGCAGUGGCUGCACAUGAUGAUGUGUCAGUGUGUUUCCACGGUAACACUCAGAGCACCAAACUAUACAAAGAAUAUGUACGUGACUCCUGCCUUCUGAUUGGUUGAGACUUUUAAUACUAAUAAUGAAGUCACUGUUAAAUAUCAGACACAGCAGACAUCAAAUCAGACACGGCCUCAUCAUGGUUCCAGGAACGCCUCAGCAAACAAAAGACAGAGACACCUGAACAUCCGCUGCUACAAACCCUGAACAACAGUUUCAUCCAGAGUCCACGUCACGUUUUAUCAGUGAUGAUGAGGUCAUAAUGAUGUUAUAAGAACAGAUAGAGGUUUUGACGAGCUCAUAAAGAUCUGAUGACUAUGUAGUGAGAAGCAGAGGCCUAGAAGCAUGACAUGAUCACUGCCUCUGUCAACAGGAGUCUAACAGGAAGCAGGUAAUGAUGUCACACUAUGGCCCUGCUCUGCUGUGAUUGUUAAAGAAAAUCCUGGUGGUGGGUGGAGCUUUAUACCCAGAGAUGCUAAUUUAUUCUUAUGUUUCAGAGUUUCUAUUCUUCCUGCUGCCUCUCUAUAGAGUUCUAUUUUACAGUUUCUAGUUGAGUAUAGAUUUGUAUUUCAGUCCUGCUGGCUUUUAACCAAAAAGCUGAUUCCUCCACCUCUGUGAUGUCACAUUGAGGGGGUUACUACACUCAGAGCUGUGCCUUCAGGGGGCGUGUGAGCUGCACAUGCUCAGUGUGUAAAACUAGUUUUUACAGGGCAGGUUUCCUCAGGUUUCCAUGGUAACUCUUCCUGCCUGCUGUUUCUGUCACUGUUUGAUGAGAUCAAUAAAGUUUCUGACCUGAA